GCGACGGCAUGCGCCACGCGAGCGCGAGUACGGCGACGGCGACGGCGCGGACCGCGAUCGUGCUGCUGGGCGUCCUGCUCGGGGUCGCGUCGUCGCGCAGGACCCACGCCACGACGCUCGAGGCGCGGUGGGAGACGCUGUUCGCGCGCUCCGUGCUCGGGAUCUCCGGCGACAACGACUAUCUGAUGGGCGUCAAGAGAGUGCGGAGGCUGUACUGCAACGUGGGCAUCGGGUUUCACCUGCAGGUGCUGCCAGACGGAAGGAUAAACGGUGUACAUGACGAGAACCAGUACAGUCUGAUAGAGAUCUCAGCGGUGGAGAGAGGAGUGGUGAGUCUGUACGGGCUGAGAAGUGAGCAGUUUGUCGCAAUGAACCGCCGGGGAAGGUUGUACGCAACGAGAGUCUUCCGGGACGAAUGCAAGUUCAAAGAGACGUUGCUUCCCAAUAACUACAACGCCUACGAGUCUUCCAUUUAUAAGGGCUUCUACAUCGCCCUGAGCAAACAUGGCCGUCUGAAGAGAGGCUACAAGGCCACGCCGGCUAUGACUGUCACGCACUUCCUCCCUCGAUUAUGAGCGAGCCUGGCAAUAACUCACUCUUUUUUUGCACAUGUUGGACGUUCGCGCAGGUAACUUAUACAUACGUACAAGGCACGACAAAAAAUAUGAACUGCAAUCAAAAGAUACAAAAUACGUAAUUAUAGUAUUUAUUCUUGUUAAUGAAAUAUAUGUAUAUAUGGGUAGCUGUGUGUCUGAUCUUUGUGUACAUGCCAUUCUUUGCUGCUUAUCAUUUCUAUUAAGAUUAUAAGAGGGAUGAGGAGCUUUUUGUUUGUUUGUUUGUUUGUUUUUGUUUAGUUCUUUGCCCCUAUCACAUUUAUGGGUGCUUGCCAUAACUGGUGUGUAAACCCUACCCUGUCAUCAGUGUGACUAGCAUCCCCAGCUUUCAGAUGAAAAACAGAUAUGUUUUAUUACCUCAAAGAGCUACAUCUGGCUUGGAAAGGUGUGAGCCUGUCACGCACUGGAGGAAGAUAUACGCAAACGUUUAUCUAUAUACGUUACUGUUUAAGAUUUUGAUCUGUUCCACCAUUUUGCGAGAGAGACGACAGCCCAUGCGACUGCUGCCUUUCCUGCACAGUGGUGCCUUAGCUUUCUAAAACUGUGGCUAUUUUUUUGAUUGCAUGUUUGCAUCCUGCUGUAACAGAGAUGAUCCACUCUGGGGGCUUCAGCACAAUUCCUAAAGGUCUGCGAUGAGCUUCGUUUCAUGCUGUUUCUUUACUUAGAUCAGCUAGAUAUCAGAGAAUCUGGGACUUGCCAGAAAUAAGAGCAGCUUGCAUGCAUUUGUACUUGAGACUCAAGCUGAGGAAGAUCCUUUAAUCCUUUAUGGAGGGGACACUUUGACACACUGGACGUUUUUUUUUUUGUUUGUUUUUUUUAGCCGUAGCAUGGCCAGUGACCUCAGAACUGGACUUAUCAUCUGUUUGUAAAGUAUCAAGUAAAAGAAAUUGGCUCGACCUUGAGAAUUGAUGGAUUUUUGGGUUUUUUAGAGCUGGUAUCGGUUCUAAAGUAGCACUUAUUUAAGAUGAACACUUUUGCUUGUUUAAGUAGUAUGCAAAAAACAUCUCAGGCUAUAAAAAAAAGACAUUUUUGCAAUUCCUUUAUUAGUACGUCUCCAUGUUGUCUACUUUGCAUUACUUUUAGACAGCAGGACCGACUUCAGGGAUGGACAAAUCCAUAAUUCAUUAGCUAGCCUACCAGCAACUCAAAGCUAGCCUUAACUGUGGCAUGUAGUUAGAUAAAACUAUUUGUGCAUAAUAAAAUGAUUAAUACAGUUCUGGGGACGACUCAGACUGUUUGCACCUUCAACAAAAAAAACUAAUUAACGGUUCAGCUAUUAUCUGUAGUGUUCUGUCGUUGAGACGAGUGCCCGUUAAGCUAGCAUUAGAUAUCUAUAAAGGUUGUAUGCUGUGAUGUGCUGUAUUGCAUGUUUGUCACUGUUUCCUCAUCCUGGGAAAAUUGUCUAACUCCUAGUUUUUAGUUUAGCUCCAGGCGUGUAGCUGGAGGAUAGUUAAAGCUUGGUGCGAUGCGUUUUGAAGAAGUUCUAUAAA